AUGUCAUGUAAUAACAGUAAUGAUGUGUUGCAUGUAAUGUUACAGUGGACUUUUAAUAAAUGCAAGGCUUACAGAUAUAGAGUAAUAGGACACACAGGACGGUUGCUGAAGUCUCUGUGCUUUACCAGCCUCUCUUUCCUGCUGCUGCACAUCAUUUUCCACAUUACACUGGCCAGCCUUGAAGCCCAGCACCGCCUUGCACCUGCCUACAACUGUUCCACAUGGGAGAAGACAUUUCGGCAGAUUGGCUUUGAAAGCUUAAAAGGAGCUGAUGCUGGCAAUGGCAUCCGAGUGUUUGUGCCUGAUAUUGGAAUGUUCAUUGCGAGUCUGACCAUCUGGCUUGUCUGCAGAAACAUUGUUCAGAAGCCAGAGACAGAAGAAGCAGCACAGUAUAAUUCAGAGAGUGAAAAUGAAGAAUUGGCUGAAGGAGAAAAAAUGGACUCAGAAGAGGCACUAAUCUAUGAGGAGGAUUUAGAUGAAGGAGAAGGUGUGGAAGGAGAGAUGGAAGAAAGUGCAAAGUUAAAAAUGUUCCGCAGGCUGGCCUCAGUUGCUUCCAAACUUAAGGAAUUUAUUGGCAACAUGAUAACCACAGCAGGCAAAGUUGUAGUGACCAUCUUACUGGGCUCCUCCGGCAUGAUGUUGCCAUCUUUGACAUCAGCUGUCUACUUCUUUGUAUUCCUGGGUUUGUGUACCUGGUGGUCCUGGUGCCGGACAUUUGACCCAUUGCUGUUCAGCUGUCUCUGCGUUCUGCUGGCAAUUUUCACUGCCGGGCACCUGAUUGGGCUUUAUUUAUAUCAGUUCCAAUUCUUUCAAGAAGCAGUUCCCCCCAACGACUACUAUGCAAGGUUGUUUGGCAUCAAGUCAGUGAUCCAAACAGACUGCUCCAGCACUUGGAAGAUCAUAGUGAACCCGGAUCUGUCCUGGUAUCACCAUGCCAACCCCAUCCUCCUGCUGGUGAUGUACUACACGCUGGCCACACUGAUCCGCAUCUGGCUACAAGAACCCCUUGUAGAGGAUGACAAGACAAAGGAAGAGGACCAAGCCCUGGCUUGCAGCUCUAAUCAGAACACAGCAGAAAGGAGGCGGAGCCUGUGGUAUGCAGCCCAUUACCCAACUGAUGAGAGAAAAGUAGCAGCCAAGGGUAGCCCGAUCUAUCCAGUGAAGCCCAUAAAGCUCUGGGAUCAUGAACUCCUGGGCCUGCUGGUGACGGUGAAUGGCAAUCCUGUGGACUACCACACCAUACAUCCCAGCCUACCCAUAGAGAACGGCCCUGCCAAGACCGAACUGUAUUCCACCCCCCAGUACCGGUGGGAGACAUCAGAGUCCUCAGAAAAGAAAGAGGAAGAAGAAGACAAAGAAGAAUUUGGAGAGGAAAGGAGCCAGGAAGAAAAAAGAAGUGUCAAAGUUCAUGCCAUGGUCUCUGUGUUCCAAUUUAUCAUGAAACAAAGUUACAUUUGUGCCCUCAUCGCAAUGAUGGCUUGGAGCAUCACCUACCACAGCUGGUUGACUUUUGUGCUGUUGAUUUGGUCAUGUACUCUUUGGAUGAUUCGCAACAGAAGAAAAUAUGCCAUGAUCAGCUCCCCUUUCAUGGUGGUUUAUGCAAAUCUGUUGUUGGUGUUACAGUACAUAUGGAGUUUUGAACUUCCUGAAAUUAAAAAGGUACCAGGAUUUCUAGAAAAGAAAGAACCAGGAGAACUUGCAUCAAAGAUUCUUUUCACUAUUACCUUUUGGCUGCUGCUGAGACAGCACCUCACAGAGCAAAAGGCUCUUCAAGAAAAGGAAGCGCUCUUGUCUGAAGUCAAAAUUGGAAGUGAGGAGCUUGAAGAGAAAGAUGAAGAACUUCAAGAUAUACAAGUGGAAGGAGAACCCAGAGAGAAGGAAGAAGAUGAGGAAAUAAAAGAAGAGAAGCAAGAGAAAAAGAGGGAGGAGGAAGAGGAAGAAGAAGAAGAUGACCAGGACAUCAUGAAGGUGCUGGGCAAUCUGGUUAUAGCCAUGUUCAUCAAGUAUUGGAUCUACGUCUGUGGUGGCAUGUUCUUCUUUGUCAGCUUCGAGGGUAAAAUAGUAAUGUACAAAAUCAUCUACAUGGUGCUUUUCCUGUUCUGUGUGGCCUUGUACCAGGUGCACUAUGAAUGGUGGAGAAAAAUCCUAAAAUAUUUUUGGAUGUCAGUGGUUAUCUACACUAUGCUGGUGCUUAUCUUUAUAUACACAUAUCAAUUUGAAAACUUCCCAGGCCUGUGGCAAAAUAUGACAGGAUUGAAAAAAGAAAAGCUUGAGGAUCUUGGCUUAAAGCAGUUUACUGUGGCUGAAUUAUUCACUCGCAUAUUCAUCCCAACCUCCUUCCUGCUGGUGUGCAUUUUACACCUUCACUAUUUCCAUGACCGCUUUCUGGAACUCACAGACCUCAAGGCCAUUCCCAGCAAAGAAGACAACACCAUCUACAGAUUGGCCCACCCUGAAGGGAGCCUCCCGGAUCUGGCCAUGCUGAAUCUGACCUCUAGCCUAGAAAAGAAGCUGGUGGAGCCUGGGGAGGAGAAGCUAGAGGGAUACACUGAAAAGGCUGAGGAGGGUGAGCUUGAGAAAGACAGCAAUGUGUCCGAGGAGGAUGAAGAUGAAGAGGAGGAGUCAGAGGAGGAGGAAGAGACAUCAGAUUUGAGAAACAAAUGGCACCUGGUAAUUGAUCGCCUCACUGUGCUCUUCUUAAAGUUCCUGGAGUAUUUUCACAAAUUGCAAGUGUUCAUGUGGUGGAUCUUGGAGUUGCACAUCAUCAAAAUUGUUUCCUCCUACAUUAUCUGGGUUACUGUGAAAGAGGUAUCUCUAUUCAACUAUGUAUUUUUGAUAUCUUGGGCUUUUGCUCUGCCAUAUGCCAAGCUCCGCCGUGUGGCCUCGAGUGUCUGCACUGUCUGGACAUGUGUGAUCAUCAUCUGCAAAAUGUUGUACCAGCUACAAACUAUUAAGCCUGAGAACUUUUCUGUCAACUGCUCCUUGCCAAAUGAAAAUCAAACCAACAUACCCCUUCAUGAGCUGAACAAGUCUCUGCUCUACAGUGCUCCUGUUGACCCAACAGAAUGGGUUGGCCUGAGGAAGUCUUCUCCUUUGCUUGUCUAUCUGAGGAAUAAUCUUCUGAUGUUGGCUAUUCUGGCCUUUGAAGUUACCAUCUACCGCCAUCAGGAGUACUAUCGAGGUCACAACAACCUUACAGCCCCCGUGUCUAAAACUAUCUUUCAUGACAUUACAAGAUUGCAUCUAGAUGAUGGGCUUAUUAAUUGUGCCAAAUACUUCAUAAACUACUUCUUCUACAAAUUUGGCCUGGAGACCUGUUUCCUAAUGUCAGUGAAUGUAAUCGGUCAGCGAAUGGAUUUCUAUGCCAUGAUUCAUGCCUGUUGGCUGAUUGCCGUCUUGUAUCGACGCAGAAGAAAAGCCAUCGCUGAGGUCUGGCCCAAGUACUGCUGCUUCUUGGCCUGUAUCAUCACCUUCCAGUACUUUAUCUGCAUUGGCAUCCCACCUGCCCCCUGUCGAGAUUACCCAUGGAGGUUCAAGGGUGCCAAUUUCAAUGACAACAUCAUCAAAUGGUUAUACUUCCCUGAUUUCAUUGUGCGGCCCAACCCUGUGUUUUUGGUCUAUGACUUCAUGCUGCUCCUGUGUGCCUCCUUGCAACGGCAGAUUUUUGAGGAUGAAAAUAAAGCUGCAGUGCGAAUCAUGGCUGGGGACAAUGUGGAAAUUUGCAUGAACCUAGAUGCAGCCUCAUUCAGCCAACACAACCCUGUGCCAGAUUUUAUUCACUGCAGAUCUUACUUGGACAUGUCCAAAGUGAUCAUCUUUAGCUACCUCUUCUGGUUCGUCCUCACUAUCAUCUUCAUUACGGGAACAACCAGGAUCAGCAUAUUUUGCAUGGGCUAUUUAGUGGCCUGUUUCUAUUUCCUGCUCUUUGGAGGUGACCUGCUAUUGAAACCCAUCAAGAGCAUCCUGCGCUACUGGGACUGGCUGAUUGCAUACAACGUUUUUGUGAUUACAAUGAAAAAUAUCCUGUCAAUAGGAGCAUGUGGAUACAUUGGGGCAUUGGUACAAAAUUGUUGUUGGUUGAUCCAAGCCUUCAGCCUGGCCUGUACAGUCAAAGGCUAUAAAAUGCCUAACGAGGACUCAUCUUGCAAGUUGCCCAGUGGAGAGGCAGGAAUCAUCUGGGAUAGCAUCUGCUUUGCCUUCCUUCUGCUGCAGAGAAGAGUCUUCAUGAGCUACUACUUCCUGCAUGUUGUGGCAGACAUAAAAGCUUCACAGAUCCUGGCCUCAAGAGGGGCUGAACUCUUUCAGGCCACAAUCGUGAAAGCUGUGAAAGCAAGAAUUGAGGAAGAGAAAAAGUCUAUGGAUCAGCUGAAGAGACAAAUGGAUCGCAUCAAAGCCAGGCAACAGAAGUACAAAAAGGGUAAGGAGAGGAUGCUAAGCUUAACCCAGGAGUCAGGGGAAGGCCAGGACCUCCAAAAACUCUCUGAAGAAGAUGAUGAAAGAGAAGCAGACAAACAGAAAGCCAAGGGCAAAAAAAAGCAGUGGUGGCGGCCUUGGGUUGAUCAUGCUUCCAUGGUCAGGAGUGGAGAUUAUUAUUUGUUUGAGACGGAUAGUGAAGAGGAAGAAGAGGAAGAAUUAAAGAAGGAAGAUGAAGAGCCUCCACGGAAGUCAGCCUUCCAGUUUGUUUAUCAAGCCUGGAUCACAGAUCCUAAAACAGCACUGCGGCAGAGGCGGAAAGAGAAAAGGAAGUCUGAGAGAGAAGAACAAAAACGGAGGCGUAAAGGAUCGGGGGAGGGUCCAGUGGAAUGGGAAGACCAUGAGGAUGAACCAAUCAAGAAGAAAUCUGAUGGACCAGAUAACAUCAUCAAGAGGAUAUUUAACAUUCUGAAGUUCACCUGGGUCCUGUUCCUGGCAACAGUGGAUAGUUUCACCACUUGGCUUAACUCCAUUUCAAGGGAGCACAUCGACAUAUCUACUGUCCUGAGGAUUGAGAGGUGUAUGCUGACCAGAGAGAUUAAGAAGGGCAAUGUGCCGACGCGGGAGAGCAUCCACAUGUACUACCAGAACCACAUUAUGAACCUCUCCAGAGAGUCGGGGCUGGACACAAUCGACGAGCACCCUGGAGCUGCCUCUGGGGCCCAAGCAGCCCACAGGAUGGAUAGCUUAGAUUCCCAUGACAGUAUCUCCAGCUGCUACACUGAAGCCACCCUGCUGUUCUCAAGGCAGUCCACCCUUGAUGACUUAGAUGGACAAGACCCCGUUCCUAAAACAAGCGAGCGUGCUCGGCCUAGGCUCCGUAAAAUGCUCAGCAUGGACAUGUCUUCCUCUUCAGCUGACAGUGGCAGUUUAGCAUCAAGUGAGCCCACACAGUGUACCAUGCUAUACUCACGUCAGGGGACCACAGAAACCAUUGAGGAGGUGGAGGUGGAGGCGGAAGAGGAAGCAGUGGGCCUGGAGCCACAGCUUGGAGACGCUGAGGAGGAGAAGCCGGAAGAAGAAGAAGAGGAAGAGGAUGAGGAAGAGGAGGAGGUGGAGUUUGAUGCAGAGGCCGAGGAGGUUGGCCUCACUCCUGAUGAAGAGUUGCCCCAGUUCUCCACAGAUGACGGGGAUGUGGAGCCCCCACCCUCCUACAGCAAAGCUGUCAGCUUUGAGCGCCUGUCCUUUGCCUCUCAGGAUGACUCUGGGGGCAAGAACCACAUGGUGGUGAGCCCUGAUGACAGCCGCACAGACAAAUUGGAGUCGAGCAUCCUACCACCGCUCACUCAUGAGCUGACAGCUAGCGAGCUACUGCUCAACAAGAUGUUCCGUGAUGAUGAGCUGGAAGAAUCAGAGAAGUUCUAUGUAGGCCAGCCCCGGUUCUUGCUGCUGUUCUACGCCAUGUACAAUACUCUGGUAGCCCGCUCAGAAAUGGUGUGCUACUUUGUGAUUAUCCUCAACCACAUGGUGUCUGCCUCCAUGAUCACACUCCUUCUGCCCAUCCUCAUCUUCCUCUGGGCUAUGCUGUCUGUCCCCCGGCCUAGCCGACGGUUCUGGAUGAUGGCUAUCGUCUAUACUGAGGUGGCAAUUGUGGUCAAAUAUUUCUUCCAAUUUGGAUUCUUCCCCUGGAAUAAGAAUGUGGAGCUGAACAAGGAUAAACCUUACCACCCUCCAAACAUCAUAGGGGUGGAAAAGAAGGAGGGCUAUGUGCUUUACGACCUCAUUCAGCUCCUGGCCCUGUUCUUCCAUCGCUCCAUCUUGAAGUGUCAUGGCCUAUGGGAUGAGGAUGACAUUGUUGACAAUGGCACAGACAAGGAGGAAUCUGAUGAUGAGUGCUCCCUUGGACAUGGCAGAAGAGACUCUGCAGAUUCACUGAAGUCCAUCAACCUUGCCGCCUCCGUGGAGUCUGUGCACGUGACGUUCCCAGAGCAGCCAGCUGCCUUCCGCAGAAAACGCUCAAGCAGCAACACCCAGAUCUCCCCAGGAUCCAGCUUCUCUUCAAACAGGUCCAAAAGAGGCAGUACAAGCACCCGAAAUAGCAGCCAGAAAGGAAGCAGUGUUUUGAGUAUUAAACAAAAAAGCAAAAGGGAACUUUACAUGGAAAAACUUCAAGAGCAUUUAAUCAAAGCAAAGGCAUUUACAAUAAAGAAGACUCUGCAAAUUUAUGUGCCCAUCAGACAGUUUUUCUAUGACCUCAUUCACCCAGACUACAGUGCUGUGACUGACGUGUAUGUGCUGAUGUUCUUGGCUGACACCGUGGACUUCAUCAUCAUUGUCUUUGGCUUUUGGGCAUUUGGGAAACAUUCAGCAGCUGCAGACAUCACCUCUUCGCUGUCAGAAGACCAGGUCCCUGGGCCAUUUCUGGUGAUGGUCCUCAUUCAGUUUGGAACCAUGGUGGUGGACCGAGCACUCUACCUCAGGAAGACUGUGCUGGGCAAGGUCAUUUUCCAGGUCAUCCUUGUGUUUGGGAUUCACUUCUGGAUGUUCUUCAUCUUACCUGGUGUGACUGAGAGGAAAUUCAGCCAGAACCUGGUUGCCCAGCUUUGGUACUUUGUGAAGUGUGUUUACUUUGGACUAUCUGCCUAUCAAAUCCGCUGUGGGUACCCAACACGAGUCCUGGGAAACUUCCUCACCAAGAGCUACAAUUAUGUCAACCUCUUCUUGUUUCAAGGGUUCCGGCUCGUUCCAUUCCUGACUGAGCUGAGGGCAGUGAUGGACUGGGUAUGGACAGACACGACCUUGAGCCUCUCUAGCUGGAUUUGUGUGGAGGACAUCUAUGCCCACAUUUUCAUCCUGAAGUGCUGGCGAGAAUCAGAAAAGAGAUACCCCCAGCCCCGGGGCCAGAAGAAAAAGAAAGUGGUAAAGUACGGCAUGGGUGGCAUGAUCAUCGUCUUGCUCAUCUGCAUCGUCUGGUUCCCUCUUCUCUUCAUGUCCUUGAUUAAAUCUGUUGCUGGAGUUAUCAACCAGCCUCUGGAUGUCUCAGUCACAAUCACCCUGGGAGGAUAUCAGCCUAUUUUCACAAUGAGCGCUCAGCAAAGCCAGUUGAAAGUGAUGGACCAGCAAAAGUUUAAUAAAUUCAUGAGAGCUUUCUCUAGGGAUACUGGCGCUAUGCAAUUUCUGGAAAAUUAUGAAAAAGAAGACAUAACGGUAGCAGAAUUGGAAGGAAACUCCAAUUCUUUGUGGACCAUCAGCCCUCCCAGUAAGCAGAAGAUGAUACAAGAGCUCACGGACCCCAGCAGUAGCUUCUCUGUUGUUGUCUCAUGGAGUAUUCAGAGAAAUAUGAGUCUGGGUGCAAAGUCAGAAAUAGCAACAGAUAAACUUUCUUUCUCUCUUCAAAAUAUUACAAGGGAGAACAUAGCUAAAAUGAUUGCUGGAAAUGACACGCAAAGUUCAAACACACCAGUGACAAUAGAAAAGAUCUACCCGUAUUAUGUGAAAGCACCCAGUGAUUCUAAUUCAAAACCAAUCAAGCAACUUUUAUCUGAAAAUAAUUUCAUGAACAUCACCAUCAUUUUGUCCAGAGACAAUAUGAGCAAGUCUAACAGUGAAUGGUGGGUUCUCAACCUGACAGGAAAUAGGAUAUAUGAACAGAAUUCACAGGCCUUGGAGCUGGUAGUCUUCAAUGACAAGGUCAGCCCUCCCAGCCUUGGCUUCCUGGCUGGCUAUGGGAUUAUGGGAUUGUACGCUUCAGUUGUGCUCGUGAUCGGGAAAUUUGUCCGUGAAUUCUUCAGUGGCAUUUCCCACUCCAUCAUGUUUGAAGAGCUUCCAAAUGUAGACAGAAUUUUAAAGUUGUGCACAGAUAUUUUUUUAGUCCGGGAGACAGGAGAACUGGAACUGGAAGAAGAUCUCUAUGCCAAAUUAAUAUUCCUGUACCGCUCACCAGAAACAAUGAUCAAGUGGACUAGAGAAAAAACAAACUGAUCUCUUAGGACCCAGACUGCAAAAUCAAGUUAAAAUCUGGAUUUUUUCUUUUUCUUUUUUCUUUUUUUUUUUUUUACAAAAGCACAAUAUUCUCCUAAGAGCUAAAGUAUUUCUAGUUCAAUGGGAAUGGUUUUCUCUUCUGACAGGUAGCCAAAAGGAGCUGGGUUCCUUUUAUAGCAAAAGCUACCUUGGCACAUGAAGACACUGUUGAAGUUACAUGUACUUCCAUAUCUCUGAAAUCAGGGCUACUUGCUUAAGUUUUUGAAUUCAGUGUCUUGCAUUCUCAUUGACUAUGUGCCAGAUUGACGCAGGGUUUUAUUUUCCCUCAGAGAAGCCAAAGAGAAGAAAGAAGGAAGAAGGGACCCUCUGGGGUCUGCACCUCUUCUGGAGUAUGCAGCAGACAGUACUUAGCAGCACUGGAAUGGUAUUGCAACAGCUCUUAGCAGCACUGGAGAAGCUGCUGGACAGAGGCCCAGUGGGCCCUCAACACACUCCACUCAUGCCACAGCAAUAGAUGGCAGGGAGCACUCCCCACGUCUCAAGAGAAAAGAGCAGAGGGAACCAGUGGUCCAGGAAGAUGCCUAUGGAAAGACAAGCCUCACUCUAAGCAAAAAGAUAACAUUAGUGAUACUCUUACUGCCUUAUCUCAAUUGAAGACUGAUACAAAAAUCUUUCCAUGAAACACCAGUGACUUCUCAGGAAAACAACAACAAACAAAUCAGCGAAGCAAAUAAAUGGACGCCUCCUCUGUGGAGAUCUGGGUGUGACCUCUGCGAAGAUGGUGACUGUUCUACUCAGAUGGUCUCCUGCCUGGAAAAGAAGAGCUGGAAGGGCCAGCCCCACAUUCUGGGAGCACCUCUCCAUGGGAGCACCCCUAGAUGGGUGCCUCCAGCUUUGUAACAGUGACUCAAGUCACCACGCUCUCCCACCCUGCUCUACCCAAUGCGCUUUUUCCCCAUUUCCAUGGUCUAAGGCAAUGGUUUUUUCCAAUAGGUGACAUUUUCCUCCCUGUUUUUCAGGUAUAUCAGAGUUUACAUAUUCCAAUUCACAUUUUUACAUCUGAGACGGGUUUUUUAAGUUCAUAAUUAUGAAAGAAAUAUGUAUAUUGAGCUUGGGGAAUAAAAACUGGCUUUUCUUAAAUUAUUACCAUUGGUAAUACAACCUCUUCAUGAAAUAACAAUGUAGCAUGAGAAAUUGAUGAUUGAAAUGUAGUUUUCAUUCCAUAUUAAAAAUACAGUUUCUGGGAGUCAUUGAGUGGGCUAGAAUAAGUUUUAAAAAAAUCAAUCCUGUGUACUUCCUGUUCAGGGCUGACCUAAAAUAAAGCACAUCUUGCAGUCA